UUCAUUUUGGCUAAAUAGUACAAAUACACUUAUCCAAUUCUAUGAUUAUAACUUGAAUCUCAACAAAAACUGUAAGACAUAUGCCCAGUACGUUAUAGCUCAGUCAUCGUGCUCCCCAUUGUUUUCUACAUAGAUUUAGAAAGGGACCCCGCGCACGUCAGAGCCGCGACUGGCUUCGUAUGGCGGAUUAUCUGCGCACGCGCAGCGCAGUCCGCGGUUCGACGCUGCAUCGCACACCCGCGUACGCACAGGAAAAUUAGAUCGCUGCGUUGUCUUGUUUCUUGCUGGGAAAGAUGCCGACUCCGGACUACAGUGUGGAGUUAGAGCUUGGAGAGCCUCCCCCGGAGCUGAUGGAGUACGCUCGACAGCACUGCGGGGAAGACCCAAACACACGUCUGCGAGCCAUAGACGAGCUGCGCGAUAUGAUCUAUGAGCGCGGAGAGUGCACGCCUCAUCGCAUGGACGAUGAAUUUCUGCUAAGAUUCCUGCGCGCACGCAACUUUAUACCACAAAGGGCACAUCGUCUGAUGGUGAACUACUAUCAGUUUAAGGAAGACAACCCGGAUCUGUUCGAGAACGUGUUCCCCCUGGACUUGCGCUGCAUUGGCGACGCCAACGUGAUAGCUGUGCCCCCGUAUCGAGACCAGAACGGAAGACGGCUGAUACACUUCAGGAUUGGAUGCUGGGACCCCAAGUCAGUGCCAGUGGAGGAUAUAUUCAAAGCCACCAUUAUGGCACUAGAGCUCGGUAUGUUGGAGCAAAGGACGCAGAUUCUUGGAGGAGUCGCCAUCUUCGACUUGGAGGACAUCGGCACUCAGCACGCCUGGCAGAUCACCCCAUCCGUCGCUGCGAAGAUUGUCAAGCUCUUGGUUUCCAGCUUCCCGGCAAUCACCCACGCGAUCCACAUUAUCAACCACUCCUGGCUUUUCGACAAGAUCUACAGCAUGUUCAAGCCAUUCCUCACCGAGAGUAUGCGUUCAAAAAUAAUUUUCCAUGGAUAUGACGUCACUUCUCUGCACAAACACAUCCAUCCGGAUCAUCUCCCGGAGAGAUACGGUGGUAUCUGGCCUGAUUACUCUUACAUAAUUUGGUUGGAAUCGCUUAAGAAAAACUUCGUUGUUGCCAAGGAGGUGAUUUCUAGCGGGUAUAAAUUACGUGAAAAGGAAAUUUGCCCCGAAGUUGUGAGAAAACUGAAAGACGAAGGGAUAAAGUUAUCUUAAAAGUAGGGCACGAGCUCUCACAAAUAACGUUCGCUUAAUUUCGCCAGAUUUGGUUUAUUUGGCUUUAUGCGUGUAUGUAACCCACAAGUUUCUAAUUUCUCCCUAAUUUAGUGGUUACAAACAUUUUGUACAUCUAUUCAUAUUACUCGUACUUAUUGGGAUGGCUUAGCAGCGUAGCUUGCCGAUUUUGUAAUUUAAAAAUGUCACCGUCCCACCUUUAGUUGAUAAGAAAAUAUCUUUAGUCGCAAAAUAUUAGAAUCCGAAUAAGUCAAAUUUAUUUUAUCAAAAUAGCUGCAGGAAACUGACACAAAUUAGUUUUUAAACACAUCGAUUACAUUUGCCAGUAACUACUUAUUAAGCAUAGUUUAUAAGUAGCUGUAAGUACUAAUUUUAUUCUUACUAAUAAAUAAAAUUCGUCAAAAACCUGUGAUAAUAAAUCAAGUUCAAUGGAACAGAGUAAUCCCAUUUUUCUUCGAUUGCUUCACCAUACAUUAUGCUAGCUCGAUGUAAUUAGAUUAAAAUAUAUAUUUAAAUUUAAACAUGACAGAUAUUUAUUUUAAAGUUUACUUAUAACACCAAACUGCCUUAGAUUUUACAAAAUAUGGUCUCGAAAAUGCAAGAUGCACUAUAAUUACUGCACUAUAAUAUAUAUAAUAGGUUGUCUGUUAAUAAAUUUAGAAAAUAUAUUACGUACUUGCCUUAUUAGUAAUUUUUUAGAUAUAUUUUGAUAAUUAGAAUAUAUUAUAGAACGUUUUCGAGUUUGCUUUGUGAGUUACUUCACUUUUUCGAAUAAAUAAACUCAAUUGUUUUCAAA